AUGGUGGUCGUAGACUUGAUUCUAUUGGAUAGUUGCUACAGCCUUGUAAACCUUAAGAGACCGUUCAGUGAUGGAAAUAUUUUCGAGAAGUCUUGGAUCACUGGUGGCAAGAGGACUAAGGUCUACAUGAGAGAUGGGGCAGUGAACUGUCUGGAUGCUGGACAGUACAGUAAUGGAGGCCACUUGUUUUUGAGGACCAUCGGGGUCAAUAGUAAACUUGCACCUGCAUUCGCCCAUAUGCCGGCUAUAGUCUUGGGUCUAUUAGAGGAGAACGUUGUGUCAUUACUAUUUUGGAAAGACAGCACUUUGCUCUGCUUCUAUCUUGUCCUAAAAUGGCUGACGAGAGCACAGAGUAUUUCAGGAGAGGUCACAGACUGUUAUAUAGAGGGAGGGGCAGGGUUCUCCAGCAGUACAGAGUAUUUCAGGAGAGGUCACAGACUGUUAUAUAGAGGGAGGGGUUGGUUCUCCAGGAGCACAGAGUAUUUUAGGAGAGGUCACAGACUGUUAUAUAGAGGGAGGGGUUGGUUCUCCAUCAGCGCAGAGUAUUUUAGGAGAGGUUACAGACUGUUAUAUAGAGGGGGGGGGCAGGGUUCUCCAGCAGCACAGAGUAUUUUAGGAGAGGUCACAGACUGUUAUAUAGAGGGAGGGGUUGGUUCUCCAGCAGCACAGAGUAUUUCAGGAGAGGUCACAGACUGUUAUAUAGAGGGAGGGGUAGUGUUCUCCAGCAGCACAGAGUAUUUCAGGAGAGGUCACAGACUGUUAUAUAGAGGGAGGGGUUGGUUCUCCAUCAGCGCAGAGUAUUUUAGGAGAGGUUACAGACUGUUAUAUAGAGGGGGGGGGCAGGGUUCUCCAGCAGCACAGAGUAUUUCAGGAGAGGUCACAGACUGUUAUAUAGAGGGAGGGGUUGGUUCUCCAGGAGCACAGAGUAUUUCAGGAGAGGUCACAGACUGUUAUAUAGAGGGAGGGGUUGGUUCUCCAGGAGCACAGAGUAUUUUAGGAGAGGUCACAGACUGUUAUAUAGAGGGAGGGGUUGGUUCUCCAGCAGCACAGAGUAUUUCAGGAGAGGUCACAGACUGUUAUAUAGAGGGAGGGGUUGGUUCUCCAUCAGCGCAGAGUAUUUUAGGAGAGGUUACAGACUGUUAUAUAGAGGGGGGGGGGCAGGGUUCUCCAGCAGCACAGAGUAUUUUAGGAGAGGUCACAGACUGUUAUAUAGAGGGAGGGGUUGGUUCUCCAGCAGCACAGAGUAUUUCAGGAGAGGUCACAGACUGUUAUAUAGAGGGAGGGGUAGUGUUCUCCAGCAGCACAGAGUAUUUCAGGAGAGGUCACAGACUGUUAUAUAGAGGGAGGGGUUGGUUCUCCAGCAGCACAGAGUAUUUCAGGAGCUCUCAGGGCAGAAUGGACCCGUCUCCUCAAUAGAAGGACAGAAUCUUCAGCAGCGCAGAGUGCUUCAGGAUUGGCACAAACUAAUAAAACAAAAACUUGCAGAUAGAAGCAGCACAACGGUGGGGAGGGUCUCACAGUAACACAUACACAUAAGGCAGUCUUUCCCAACCAGUGUGCCUCCAGCUGUUGCAAAACUACAACACCCAUCAUGCCCGGACAGCCUUUGGCUGGGAGUUGUAGUUUUGCAACAGCUGGAGGCACUCUGGUUAGAAAACACUGACACAAGGGCAUAUCCUCAAUCCUCUGUGUUCAUGUAUUACAAGACUUGAUAGCAGGGAGAAGUGUCGCCCCCUGCAGGCUGUUUUGGGGGAGACACAGCUGUUGCAGUAAUGGGUGCAGUGCCAGAGAAGCAGGGGCCUAAGUCUUCCCCCCCCCUUCUAUAGCACUGGUUGGAUUGGCAGAAUCUUGCAGACUACAACUCCCAUCAUGCCCUGACCAAAACGGUGGCUUAUCUAAAAUGAUGCAAAACUACAACUCCCAUCAUGCCCUGACCAAAACGAUUGCAUACAAGUCUACGAAUGUUGCAAUAACUAGAACACACAAAGUUGUAAAAAAAAAAUGUUUUCAAAUGUUGCAAAACACAAUGAUGGGAGUUGUAGUUUUGCAUUAUUUGCAGACGUCACGUAAUCUCUAAAUGUCCAUUCAUUUUACAUUUUAUAUAUAUAUAUAUUUUUUUUUUUUGUAGUUUACUGUAAAGUUUUGAGGACAAAGCUGCAAAAGUUGUAACAAGUUUGCACUUUUUUUUUCUGGCUUUAAUACAGUUUUCCCAACCAGGGUCCCUCCAGCUGUUGCAAAACUACAACUCCCAGCAUGCCCGGACAGCCAACGGCUGUCCGGGCAUGCUGGGAGUUGUAGUUUUGCAACAGCCGGAGAGGCAAACUGAUUUAGGAAACACUCCUAUAAUAAAAUCUUCCUGCCAGAGAAGUGAGACUUAAAGGGGAACUCAUCAGUAUUAAUAUAAAGGGAACCUGUUAAUAUCCUGUAGAUUUUUGUAACAUUGUAUUUCUUAUUGUAUGUUAGUAACUGUAGGGGGCGCCGGGGUCCAGUCCUAUCCAUUCAUCUGUACAUUAUACAUGGCGUCAUCUUGCCUCCGGCCGGGAGACGCUUUGAUUUAUUUUUAAUUUUAAUUUUUAAUUUUAAUUUUAAUUUUUUUUGUUGGCUCAGCUAAAAAAACAACAACAUAAAAUGACUUAAAUUAAAUUUGUAGUGAACCUUUAACUGCACCUUUUAUUAGAAUAUACUGUCUUACUAGAGAAAAAAAUAAACUUCUAUGAAUAUAUAAUUUC